CUGCUUUGUUUGUUUUCCAAAAUAUGAAGACUUCCGCCAAGGUUUGAAAUCUUCUAUCCACCUGUUGAAAUUUCUCGGCCAAAUAUGCGCAUCUGAAUGUCAAAGAUUACUCUUAUUGUGUAAUUGAGGGAUCUGGCGUAAUGUCGGCUGGUAAGCAUUGUAGCCCUCUGGGCAAGAUGGCGAAAAUCAAAAACUAUCUUUACCUUGGAGGGCUAGCUGCGGCGAAAAUGGAAGAUUUGCUCAAGGAAAAUGGAAUAACUUGCGUCAUCAGCGCUGCACUGGAAUCGCCUGAAUUGGCGUAUGAAUCGAUAACUUGCAUAAGGAUAAAGUUGGAAGAUAACCCGACCUGUAACAUCGGAAUAUAUUUUGAUCUAGUGGCCGAUAAAAUUGAAAAGGUUCAACGAGAAGGAGGAAAGGUACUCGUCCACUGCAUUGCAGGAGUAAGCAGAUCAGCAACUUUGGUCUUGGCUUACUUGAUGAAAUAUCAAAAGAUGAAGCUGAUUGAUGCUCAUGCAUAUGUCAAGCAAAAGAGACCUCUUGUCAGACCAAAUGCUGGAUUCUGGAAAUAUCUAGUUGAGUAUGAGAAGAAGCUGUUUCAGAAGAACUCUAUCAGUAUGGUGGAAUCCAAAUUUGGUUUGAUACCCAAUAUCUAUAAAGAUGAAACAAACAACUUGGUUUGGUGACAAAUUUAGAAGAUGAUUUUAAAAGCUUGCAAGGAACAGAAGGGCAGAUGAUUAGGGUGUUUCAUAUUGAUUUUGUUCAGAAUUAACCUGGUACCCUUAUCUAAUUAGAGAGGCCAUACAUGUACUUUUGUGUUUUAAUUUUUAUUUCUCAAUUGUUGAUUUGGAGUUGUUUACACUCUCAAGGUUUGCUAGAAAACUAUACCUGUGUUUAGAUUGCAAUGGUCAAAUCUGUACAGUUUCCUGGAUUUGAAACAGUAAAUUACUUAACAGUUC